AUGGCUUUUCUCCGGCGGCUUUUCGGCUUUUCGGCCAAAAAGAAGGCGCCGAGGCGGUACGAGGGCGUCAAGCGGGACGUGGACCCCGAGGAGACCUGGCUGGUGCUGGGCGAGUUGGGUGACGGCGCCUUCGGCAAGGUCUUGAAGAUCCUGGUGGAGUUUUGUCCUGGAGGGGCCGUGGAUGCAGCGAUUUUGGCCGAUUUUGGUGUCUCGGCUAAAAACUCCAGCACCGCCCAGCGCCGCGUGUCCUUCAUCGGCACCCCGUACUGCUGGUCGCUGGGCAUCACGCUGAUCGAGAUGGCCGAGAUGGAGCCACCCUACCAUGAGCUGAACCCGCUCCGGGUGCUGCUGAAGAUCGCCAAGUCCCAGCCGCCCACCCUGCGGCACCCCAAGAGGUGGUCUGAAGACUUCAAGGACUUCCUGAGGAAAUCCUUGGAGAAGAGCCCCGAGGCGCGGUGGUCAGCCAGCCAGCUCCUGCAGCACCCCUUCGUGGCAGGCAUCUCCGACAAGCGGCCGCUCCGGGAGCUGGUGGCUGAAACCCGGGCUGACGUGCUGGAGGAAGAGGAUGAGGAGGAAGGUCCAGUCCUCUCGCCUGGGCAGGAGCAUGGGGAGUCCUCCUGCCCCCCGACCCCGGCGGGGUCCCUGGAGCAUCAGCCCCCGGACAGCACGGGGAGAGCUGGCGAGGAGCCGGGCAUCUCAUCCGACAUCCAGGUGGUGGCAGAGCCCAGGACAAAGAGAGCGUCUGACCUCUUGAAGCAAAUGAGGAGGAGGUCCUCGCCCCAGCCCACGGGCUCCGUCAGGCUCCCCGUGAAGAGGCCGUCCGAGUUUCGGAAGCUGAUGCGGCGCAGGUCGUUUUUUGGAGGGAUGAAAUCCCAAGAAACAGCUAAGGAGCAGCACAGGGCAGAGCCCAGUGGGUUGGAGAUGAUGGCGCUGGUUGUUCCUCAAGGGACACCAGCCCCAGCAGAGGCAGGAGGAGAAGUUCAAGGGUGUCGAGAGGAGCAGACCAGCUCCCUGGGGACCCCCUGCAACGCGGCCGGGCUCCCCGCGGGGCCGUGGCGGCCAGGAGACCUUGCUGAACUUCAGGAGCUGAUGGUAGAGCAGGUUGGACCCAAGGCAGAGCCCCGGGAGGAAAGCCAACGUGCUGACGCGUUGCCGGUUGGCCAAACGCCGGCAGAGGGACAGCUUGCAGCCCAACCAAGCCCCGUUCUGGCCCCCCAAAGCGAUGGCAAGAAGGAGUCAAGCAGAGACCCUACUCGGAACUCACGGGCCCUGAUGGCACCCACAGUUGGGGACUGGCGCGGAGGCUCGGCCGUGGGGCAGCUGGUGGCAGCUCUGGACCUGUGGACCGUGAGGACCAAAACCCAGAGCUUCAAGUCAUUGUCAGAGCAUCAGCAUCAGGUCACUCGGUCGUUGCUAGACCUGAAGGUUGAGGUUGGCUCCUCCGGGGCUGAAGAUGGGCUUGGGAAGGAUGGUGAUGGAGCAGGGAGGGCACCCAUGGAACCUGAAGGUGCUGGAGAGCCUGGGGACACCGAGCUGGUGGAGGAGAGGGUGCUGUGGGUUGAAGCACCGCUGACGCCCAGUGAGAUGGAGGAGGUAGCGGUGGGGUCGGAUGUGCUCAAGGGGUGGCAGGAGCCCCUGGCCAGUCUGGGAGAGGCCGGAGAGAGGAGCAACGGGGAGAGAAACUCAACCGUGUGCGGGCCCAUCGCUGACCCCCUGGACCUGGGUGAGGGGGGGGGGAGGAAUGAGGAGAAAGCCACAGACAAUGCUGAAACUGGAGUGGAAACUGCUCCUGAGGAAGCCUUGGUGCCAGCAGAAGUGAAACUGGAAGAGGAUGUUGUAAAAGGGUGUUUGAUUGGAGACCAUAAAGCAGGAGGAGAUGCAGCCAGUCCGGGGGGACUGGUGCUGGCGGGAGAGGAACCGGAGGAAGCCUCGGCAGCACCAGCAGGACAGGGACCUGCAAGUGAGGAACUCCAAAAUUCAGCAGAAGAUUCAUCCCUCCUGGAGAUCCCAGGGCCUGUUGAGGAAGACAUAGAGGAGAAAGUGGAAAACAGCCCCAGAGACAACCAGCCAAGGGCUGCUCGUGGGAACGGCUGGAAAAGACAGAUGGAGAACGUGAAGAAGACGGGGUGCAGGUUGCUCCAGCUCUUGAAGGGCCAUCAAAGGACAGACCUGGAGAGGAGAUGGGAACGUGCCUUGCUCCAAAGGAGGGUCAAGAAAACCCGGAGGUUUGUGGUGGACGGGGAGGAGGUGAGCGUGACGACCGCCAGGACCCUCGGCAAGGCCGGGGAGAGGGACGAGAUGGUGCGCUCGGCUCGGCGCCAGGAGCUCCGCGAGCUGCGAGUGCUGCAGAAGGAAGAGCAGCGAGCUCAGAGCCGGCUGGAGCAGAAGUUUCACCAGCAGCGGGAGCAGAUGUUUCGUCACAUCGAGCAGGAGAUGAUGCUGAAGGAGCGCCAGGAGCUGGAGUACACGGCCAAGCUGCGUGACGAGGCCAAACGCCUCAAGUCCCUCCAGGAGAAGGACUGCAGGAAGAAGAUACGAGAGCUGAAAGGAGAUGGGAGAGAGGUGAGGGUCCUCCCCCAGCCGUGCCACCGGGAGCCUGGGGACCAUCUCCCCCAGGUGCCAGGGUGA